CGAACGAGGACGUGGUGUUUUUACCGUCCCAAUUGAAUAGAGUCAGCACAAGUGACCAGAGCAGCCAUUCUAGUUUGGCCGGUUGCCAAUAUGGUGUCUCUUGACGGCCAACCGUCAUCAGGACUAACGAAUACUUUUGGAACUCAAAUGCGAGAAGAGUGCUUCACUUUCUCUGAGGGUUAUCGACCUCUUAAUCAUGGUUCAUUUGGGACUUUCCCAAAAGAGGUUCGGGAUUACCAAAGGCAAUUGCAGGACGAGAGCGAAGCGCGGCCAGACACGUUUAUACGUUAUACCUACCUCAAGUUUCUCAAAGAGAGCAAGAUAGCUGUUGCAUCGCUCCUAGGAGCGGAUCCCGGGGAGGUUGUGCUUGUUCAGAACGCAACCACAGGAGUCAAUACGGUACUUCGCAACAUGGAUUUUCAACCCAGCGAUACAAUUCUUCACUUCGGAACCAUCUAUGGUGCUUGCUCUAAGACAAUUCAAUCACUGUCAGAGGACCGUCCGCUCUCAUCAUGCGCAAUUGACAUAACGUAUCCAAUCGACGAUGAUGAGAUUCUGCGGCGGUUCCGAAGUGCGAUUGACGAGGUCAAGAGUCAGGGAAAGACGCCGAGACUCGCUAUGUUCGACACAGUUCUCACAUUCCCCGGAGCCCGAUUUCCUUUCGAAAGGCUAGUGGCGACCUGCAAAGAGCUUGGGAUUCUGAGUUUCAUCGAUGGAGCUCAUGGUGUCGGUCACAUCGAUCUGACUCACCUCGGUGAUGUUAGUCCGGACUUCUUCAUCAGCAACUGUUACAAGUGGUUGAUGGUCCCGAGGGGAUGUGCCGUCUUAUAUGUCCCAUUCCGGAACCAACACAUGAUCUCCUCAACGGUGCCCACAUCAUGGGGCUACGAGACCAAAGAGGAGAGAGACAAGAUGGAUCAUCGAGCCUAUUUCUCCAGAUUGUUUGACAAGAUAUCCACCACAGACAACACGCCUUACUGCUGUAUACCCAAAGCACUCGACUUUCGGAAUCGAGUCUGUGGUGGCGAGGCCAAGCUUCGCGAGUACUGCGAGGACCUUGCGCUUCGAGGCGGUGACAGAAUGGCAAAGAUUCUCGGCACAGAAGUCCUAGGCGCUUCGUCGGCACCAUUUCGGCGGUGCUGCUUCGUCAAUGUUCGGCUUCCUCUAUCUCUAGAGGAAGUCAACGUCGACGCAUCAUCAGGACUAGGCAUCGCAAAAUGGAUGCAAGAACUAACGCCAGCUGAGUAUGAGAGUUACAUCCCCAUCAAGUUCUAUGCAGGCGGCUUUUGGUGUAGAAUCAGUGGUCAGGUGUACUUGACGUUGGAAGAUUUCGAGUGGGCGGCAGAGACUUUGCUCCUAAUCUGCAAGCGGGCGAAGGCUGGGGAGUGGAAAUGAAGACUGAAUACGAAUCUUUCAUGAAUGGAAGACUUGUGGCUAAGAUUACUGAGUUUCGAGGAGAUCCCGUGACCUUCAGCUGUCUCAAUAGAUCAUGACACUAUGCUUCACAGAUCUAUGAAUCCAGCCUAGUACUUAUUCAGCUUCCGAUAGAAUAUGAUGAUUUAUGUCCAAUGCUUAUGAAAGCGCAUGGUUGAAGCCAAUAGUUGGUCAGUCACCUCACUUAUUGUACGUAUAAACAUGAACAAUGGAAGAUUUCUUACUAC